GGUCAUUCUAUAUUUUACAAGGAGUCAUUGAAGGCAGCAUGAAAGUGUGCGCUGACUCCAGCCCCCAGUGCCUCGGCUCUACUUCCUGUGCCAUAACUUCACUGUACACAACACAGCAGGACAGCGUUCACUGUAGAGGAAGCUCUCACCUGAUGAACACAAAGCCUCCAAGGACUGGCCAUGACACAGCAGGAGCAGCAGGAGUUCAUGGAGAGCCUGGAAGCGGCCCUCUCCUGGAUGCGGGCCAUCCAGGAGAGGCUGAAGGCCAAUGACAACACCCAGGGACCCCGUGAUGCCCUGGAGGGCCGACUCAGGGAGACGGAGAAGAUCCAUCACUCGCAGCAUGAGGGUCGUGUGAAGAUGGACAUGGCGCUGGUGGCAGCUGAGAACCUUUUGCAGAGCGGAGACGAAGAGCUGAGAAACCACACCCACGCUAAGCUCAAAGACCUGAAAAGCCUGUGGGAGGAGACCAGCACCUAUAUCAUCCACUGUCACAGUCGCAUAGAGUGGGUGUGGCUCCACUGGGGCGAGUACUUGAAGGCCUACGAGGAGUUUGAGCUGUGGCUGACGAGCCGGCAGCGCGGCCUGGAUGUCGUGGUGGAGCUGCAGCUGGGGGUGAAGGAGAAGCUCUGGCAGAUGGACCAGCAGAGGGUGGUGGUGAGCGACAUCCACAGCCAGGCGGUGCUCCUGGAGAGGCUGCUGGACGAGGCCGCCGCACUGCACAACAGAACCCAGGACCCCAGCGUGGAGCCCCAGGCCCAGGAGAGGCUGCAGGAGGCCUACAACGAUGUCAGAGACAGAGCUGAGGAGCGUCUGUCGCUGCUUCGGAAGAUGGCUGAGGAGCACCAGACAUACCAAGGCUGCGUCCAGAGGUUCCAGUCCUGGCUGCUGGCAAAAACCAAGGAGCUCACUGAUCUAAUGGAGAGGGAGGAUACCUCCGAGAACAAGCUCAGAGCCUUACAAGCUCUGGAUGACAGUGUAGCCGGCGAGGAGAAGACCCUGCAGCAUAUCGAGGGAGUGGCGGAGGCAGUGAGGGGCAACACCUCUCCCUCUGGGGCGGAGAUGGUGAUGGAGGAGGCCGAGGAGCUGAGGCUGGGCUGGCAGAGGCUGAGGCAGGGCCUGUGUGAGUCUGAGGAGGGCCUGCGCUCCAGCCUGGACUCCCACAGUCAGUACAUGGCCAGAUGCCAGCGGCUGGAAGAAGACAUCGGCCAGCUCAGGGUGCUGCUGCAGGAGCUAGACCAGGAACUGGAGGAGGGCCGCGAGGCUAGGGAUCGCAAUGACCGGACCGAGGAGCAGAUGGUGGGCCAGUGGAGGAAAUACACGGUAGGUUUUUUAAACAUAUCUGCCAUCUUAUAAAGUUUAGUGGAAGUUUUCUAGAAGCAAGCCGUAGCCCCGCCCUAAAGCAUCCCCUGCUUUAUGGUCUGUGUGACUCUAAA